AUGGGCGCUGGCAGUUCCAAGCCCGAGGCUGGGGGUAACUCCCAACAUGUCUUUUCAAGCAACUCUCCCGUCCAAUUCUCCUCCAACCUAGUUGAGGCCCUCCAGUCCACCUCCGAGACGGAUUCCUCCCGCGCCAAGGCCCUCGAGCUCGAGAUCCAAAACCGCGUCGCCCAAGAACUCCAGCGCCUCCGCGAGCGCGAGCAGCAAACCCUCGCCGAGAUCGAGAAGCGCCUCGCCGAAGUCAAGGACACCGGCUCCAUCCCCGUGAGCGCUGCAACCGCACCCGUCGCCGCCUCUCCCUCCGGCUACCCCGUCGGAUCUUUGAACCUGGACGCUCCCCGCGUCCCCUUCGCCGGCCGCGAGUUCGAUCCCGCGCCCGUCUUCGCCGCGCCCCAGGAACCCGUCGCACAGCAGCAGCCCGUGGCCAACCGCGAGAUCUCGCGGGACUCGGUCAUGAGCGAGAUUGACGUGCUGCGUAGCCGUCUGGAUGGGCGGAGAAAGUUGGUUGAGCUGGAUGAGGGUGUUGAAAAGGCCAAGGCGGACGUUGUUGGAUGUCUGCGGUUGAAUGACCGACGGCCAUUGGAUUGCUGGAAGGAGGUUGAUGCGUUUAAGAAGGAGGUUGCGAAGAUGGAGGCUGCCUUUGUGGAUCGCAUUGUGGGUUAG